CGGUUACUUCCCCUUCCAGUCAGGGGGUCAUGAAAAUGGACGCACUGUUGUCGACGUAUCCCUUUUUAUGGAGGGACGAGGCCUUCCCGUUGUGUCAUAUUUUGUCGAGAAGACCUUUUGCAAUGUUGGAUGUUGAAAAUUGCAAUGCAUCGGGACCUUGGACGUUUAGCAAUGCCACUAUUAAUGUGAAACCGAGGAUAGAAGCCAUGUCAGAAAUGUUCAUGUUUCGAGGUGCAGUACAGACCAUCUUACAGUCGCGUCCAGGCGCUCAGCAUCACACAGAGUUCAAUGCAGAACAGAAGAUUGCAGUUCAGGCGCUGGAUGAAUUUGUCAAAGAAGAAAAGCAUUUGAAAUGCCUAACAGAUAUAUGGGGAAAACCAAUAGAGGAGAGGAAGGAGAGUGAAAUUCAGGCAGUUUUGGCUGUACAUGUUUUUGGCCCUUUAUGUCCCAGUGCAGAUGUUCGUGUGGAUAGAAGGUGUAAUGAUUGCUGUCCAGGAUGUAACACACCAGUGCAUAAAACAGACACUAGCUUUGGUCAUAAUGAUGGCUGGCAUGGAUAUGCAGAUAUUGUUGUCAGGCACAGUCAGAUCAAAAUAACACAACAUGAAGAUGCUGGUGCUUCAGGAGACCAGCCGCCAGCCAAAAGAGCAAGGUCAGACAGUGAUGAAUCAGUAUCCUCCAUUACUGAGGUCAAGUCAUCUUCAGGGGAACCUUACAUGCCAUAUGGACCACUAAAGUUACAAGCUGGCAGUCAGUCUAAAGAUUUGUCACAAAUUCUGGCACAGACAAUUGUAAAUGCUUUUAUUCAAUAUAAAAAGAACUCCAGUUUAAAGAAUUAUUUUAUUCCAUGUUUUCUGGCAUCAGAAAAAUUUGUCACAAUUCACAUGUACAAUCCAGAUCAUGAUCUGUUAGUAACACAGGGUGAAGCAAUGACUCUGAGAAAAGCUAAUUCCAUUGAUUAUGAUACAAUUUUGACUAUUUGGUUAGCUUUAAACUUUGACAUAUUUCCAGCAGGUGUGAAAGGAGAGCAUGUUGGAGAUUUAUUGGAUACACAAGCAAAGUCUGGCUUCUUUGAUCAAAUUAAGUCAUGCUUAAACUUAUAUAAACAAAAGCUGGAUUUCCCAACUGUGGAAUCUGAAAAUGAUGAACUCCCCAAAAGCUGGCUUAUCGAGAAAACACUGCAGAAAUCAAGAAAAUACUGGGAAAAAGAAUUUCUGCUGAAAAAAGAUGCUGAUCAGGACUGUAAAUAAACUUCUAGUUGGGUAGGACCCUUACAAGCAUAUAAUUAAAACCAAUCAAGAGGUUUGCUGGCCUUUUGUUGAGGAUUAAAAUCAUAACUCAUUUUUUUAAAUUUGAUAGAAGUCAUAUAUAUAUAUAUAUAUAUAUAUAUAUAUAUAUAUAUAUAAUAUAUAAUAUAUAUAUAUAUAUAUAUAUAUAUAUAUAUAUAUAUAUAUAUAGCAUUGAGUAAUGGACUUUAAACAGGAGUUAUUUUUAUCAAAAGCAAAUUAUGUUUUGCCAUUUCCAUUUAUCUCUUAAAAUGCCAGUGACUCUUCAGGGCUGGUGAAAAUAUAGGACAGAUCAUGAGAAAAUACCACAAACAGAGGUAAUAGGAUAUCCUCAAAUGGACUAGAAAAGGUCGGAGUUAGCUUAACUGUCAGUGGUGCUGCUCAUUCUUUUCUUAAUUCAGGAACUGUGCAAUAUUUCAACUAAUACCAGUACAUUGUAAUAGGCAACAGUAAAAGCAUUGUUUUGACGUUAUACGACGUAGUCGAUUAACGUUACGUGCUGUAAAAACUUGCUAUACAUCGUUGCUCUUACUGUAAAAUUUCGGAAUAGGUGAGUGCUUUGAGGUAUUUUGUUUUACAUGCUGGAGGUCAGAGUUCGAUACCUAAGCGAUAUUUAUGUUGUUUUAUUCUUUUUCCUAUCACAUAAAACAAUUAAAAGAG